AUGCACAAGACGUUACAUCCUAAAGCAGAUGUGGAAAGGCUUUACAUCACGAGAAAAGGCCUGAUUGAUAUAGAAACAGCAUUCAAAACAGCAACAAUUGGGCUCGGUCACUAUCUGAAGCACAAAGAGGGGCAAUAUCCAAAGCAGGCGCUUGAACAUGAACGAUCUAAAGCCAAAAAAUCAAUAACCAAGUAACUAUGCCAGAGUUUGAGAAUUGAGAAGUUAAAUCAGCCUCAAAAAAUGCUUAAGCCUUUAAACACAUGUUCAAAUCCAAGGAUAAACAGAGGGGCUACUGGUAGCACCUCAAGACCAAGCAAUAAACACCAGAAACUACCAGGCAAUAAUAUGUGGCCAGCAAGGAGAGACUGAUGCAGAAUGUGUUCUCAACAUGAAUAGACAGUGGACCACUUGUAUCUGGAUUCGUGGUAUUAGCCAAAACAGAGUACAUCUCCAGGCACAUAUCCCCAUUGGACCAUCUGUAAAGAUCAUGAUAUCGAGAUUACAGACAAAUGGUAUUUGCACGAGCCAGAGACUGUGAUACGCAACAAAGAUAACAACAUCAUCAUUAUGUGGGACAUUCCAGUCAAUACUGAUAGAACUAUAACAGCGAACAGACCAAACAUCAUCGUUAAAGAUUCAGUGAAUUCCACCUGCAAACUGAUUGAUAUGACUGUUCCAUCAGAUAGAAACAUCGCACUGAAGGAAAUCGAAAAGAAAAGCACGAGUACAAAGACCUAGAACUAGAAAUACAGAGAAUGUGGUAUAUCAGUGAAAACCGUAGUGAUCCCUGAGGUUGUCGGUGCGCUUGGUACAUUAAUGAAGGGGAUGGUGUCGAAUGGACAGGCAACAUCAAUUAUUACGCACGAUUUCUCUUCCUUAUGUACCAUUAUAAUUAUAUUUAAUUAUAAUGGUAUAUUUAUUAUAAUUAUACCAUUUUAUAGAUGUUCGAAAACCUAGGAGAGGCAGGCAAGCAAGAAAUUUUACAACAAAUGUUCCGAAAAUUCUAGAUCUCAAAUGGUCUUCCGAACAUAUAUUUUUCGAAAAUUGACGUUGAGUGCCCCUGAUGACUUGUACUGUUUCUGUGCAAGUGCAGUGCAUUCUGCCACUAGUCGGCUCACUGUCUCUACUCUUUCUCCACACAUUCUGCACGCCGGGGAAACAUUUUGA